AUGACUUUUUAAUUACCUCAUAACUUCUAAAAUAGAUCAGUGUAACAAUUAGUAUAAAAUUUAAUGUUUGAAGAGUAUUUAGAGAGUAACAAUAUAUAAAGGAAUGUAUUUAUUUCAUCACCUUUGAAGAGUGGUAAAAAAAAGAUUUAGCUAUCAAAACAUAGAUAUAAUCACUUUUUGUAAUAAUCACCUAAUCAAUUAUAUUCUCCUGGAUUAUAAAAUAAUAAUUAGAAAGUGAUUGGAUUUAUUGCAAUGCAAAAGAAAAAGAAUUCAGUUCCUAUAAAUGCAUCAGUAAACUAAUUAAUUGAAAAUAAUGUUAGUCCUGCUAAUAAUGUGAUUGUAAGAGUAAGUAAAAAGGUUAAGGAUUACAAACCUAAAGAAAUUAGAGGUUUGUCAAUAUCUGAUCAUGUACCAAGAUAAAAAAUUUAGUUUCCUCAAAUUUAGAGAUUAACUUAAGCCAAAUAGUCAUCAUUUAUUUAUCCAGAAUUGAAUUUUAAUGAUGAGAACUUUGAAGGUUACAAAUUAAAAUCUGAAGAAAUGUCAUUAGAAAUAGAUGAAUAUAUGAGAAUGCAAAAACAUAACAAUAAUCCUAAUUUAUUACCAAAUAUCUAUUCAAGAUAUUAAUGA